AUGACAGAAGAAAUCUUAUGGAAAUCUAAGACCAGCAACUCUAAAAGCACUGGAUUUCCUGGAGAAAUUCAGGAUUCAAUUGCAAGUUUCCGGUUGAAUCCUUUUAGCCUCAUAAUUGCUCUAGAUGAACAUGGAGAAGCAUCUGGCUCCCUUUUCUGGGAUGAUGGUGACUCUAUUGAUUCUGUUGAAAGGGGAGAGUACUUGUAUGUGGAAUACAAAUUCAGUAAUAGAGCUCUGAAAGCAACUGUGAUAAAAAAUGGCUACAAUGGAAUCACUACUCUGGCAUAUAGCACUAUUCAGAUCCUUGGUUUCACUUCAAAGCCAAAUGUUAUUUUUAUGAAUGGGAACACCAUCCCAAGCAACAGAAUGCAGUAUAGUUCCAACGGGAAAAUCACUUUAUGGAUAUCUGCACCCCUUUCGCAGGAGUUAACCAUUUCAUUUGAAUAUUGAGUAAUAACCAAAACAACGACAGUGAAAAAUUACCU